CUUUAUGAACUCUGGUUAUAACCUUUGUGAAAUCAAAUGAGCGUUAACAUUAGAUCAAUACAACAAAAGUAUAGUUUUUGACAUGUGGAAAAUGGCAACAAGCAAAAAUUCUCAUGCUCUAUCUCUGAAUAUAUUGGCAAAAUGUUCCACGUCUAAAGCAAGAGCUUGCGCAAUGACUUUACCACACGCCGUUGUCGACACUCCAGUUUUUAUGCCCGUAGGGACACAAGGAACUUUAAAGGGCCUUGUUCCAGACCAACUCAGAGAAAUGGGCUGUAAAAUUAUGCUUGGAAAUACUUAUCAUUUGGGAAACAGACCAGGUCCAGAGCUGUUAGAAAAAGCUGGCGGCUUACACAACUUUAUGAAGUGGGACAGAGCCUUACUAACAGACAGUGGAGGAUUUCAAAUGGUAUCUCUGCUCAAGCUGGCAGAGAUUACAGAAGAAGGAGUCAAGUUUCAGUCUCCUCAUGAUGGGUCAGAAAUGUUACUAACACCAGAGAGAUCCAUAGAAAUUCAGAAUUCUAUCGGUGCUGAUAUAAUUAUGCAGUUGGAUGAUGUUGUCCAUUCUUCUGUUAGUGGUCCAAGGCUAGAGGAAGCUAUGCACAGAACAAUCAGGUGGUUAGAUCGUUGUAUAAAAGCUCACAGGCGUCCCUCAGAACAAUGUCUCUUCCCUAUAGUUCAAGGUGGAUUGAAUGCAGAACUAAGAAAACAAUGUGCACAUGAACUAGUCAAAAGAGAUGUUGGUGGCUAUGCAAUAGGGGGACUCAGUGGAGGGGAGGAGAAAUCAGAGUUUUGGAGAAUGGUGAAACUAUCAACAGAUUUGUUACCUGAUUGCAAACCUCGUUAUUUAAUGGGGGUUGGCUUUGCCGUAGAUUUGGUUGUGUGUGUUGCUCUAGGCUGUGAUAUGUUUGAUUGUGUUUUUCCUACCCGCACUGCAAGAUUUGGUUGUGCAUUAGUAAAAACUGGUCAGUUGAACUUGAAAAGUAAAAUAUUUGCUAAAGAUUUCCGUCCCAUUGAUAGUGAAUGUCAGUGUUCCACAUGUAAGACAUAUAACAGGGCCUAUCUCCACACACUUGCCAACUCAGAACCAGCAGCUUGUAACAUUAUCACAGUACACAAUGUUGCUUAUCAGUUGAACUUGAUGUCUUCCAUGAGACAAAGUAUAUUUGAAGACAAGUUCCCAGAGUUUGUGCAGCAGUUCUUCACUGAUAUGUUCCCAGAUGGGGAUUAUCCAGACUGGACCCUUCAGGCUCUAGCCAGUGUAAACAUUCACUUGAGAUAACACUAAACCAACUCAAUAAUGUAUACAUAAAUUCAACACAAAUAAAUGAAGUUACCAGUUGCACAAUACAAACUACUUGUAUAUUAACACUAUUUGUAUUUUUGUGAAUGGGGCCAGAUCACUUAGUGCGAAUGAUAAAACUAGUUAAGUCAAACCUCAAAUUGUGAACAUAAUUUGUUCCUGUGUAGUGUAGGUAUUUAAAGCACUGUAAGUCCCUACCAAAAAAAUGUUUUUUUCCCAUGAGUUAAAAAAUGAAAAAUUUAAUGUUUCGAUAACUGAAAAUAUUAAUGUUCAAGUAUAAAUUAAGUAAAUUUAUGUUACUACAAGAACUGAUUUCUAAAUAUAAAAUCUCAACGGGCUAAAUAAAAUACUUUUAUUCUUGUUAAAUGUUAUUGACUGAACUCUUUUAAUUCAACUUAUUAUAGGAAAAUUAUAAUGCUUCUCUUUUGAGAAUUUAAAGACUAUGAGGUCAUGCUUUUGAACAAUUUAAAAAUUAUUUUUUUUCUUUCAUUGACUGUUUUACCUUAAGCAGAAGCACUGUUUUAACCUUGCAAAUGUCGAGGCUAGAAGCCAUAUCAAGCAAAUAUUGUAUGAGUAUUAAGUUGUUAAUAAUAAGAUGUAGCUUUCUUUCCAUAACUGAAUGUUCUCAGUUGUAAUUAAUGUCAUAUUAUGUUUAGUAGAUAAUCCAACAAUUUGCACAUUGCUUGUUUAUUUAGUGACAUUUAUUGCUUGUAAAUUGGUCAAUGAUGUAUUUAAUCACAAACUGAGAUUUUACUGUUGCUUAGUAAGUUUACCAAUGAGAACCAAUUCACAGGCUCUUUUUUUUGUUUUUACUCUCCCCCCCCCCCCCCCCCCAUCUUUUUGUUUUAAGGUCGGUGUAUUUAUUGUUUUCUUAAUAAACACAAAUGUCCUGUACAGACUACCUACAUGUAAAUAUGGUAUAGUUUUGGAUAUUUGUGUUGUGUGUUGAAAGAAAAACAUUUUUAAACCAAUGGAAAGUUGUAUUUUAACAUUUGAUACUGUAUAGGCAGAUAAAGGCUGUAAUAUUUUUAAUGUAAUAUGCAUUUUUAUUUUUUAUUAAAUAGUUUGGGCUCUUUUUGUCAGCAUUUUUAUUCAUAUUUGUUUUUUAUAAAUACAAAUGUUAAUGCACUAGAAGAUGCUAUUUCAAAUAAGAAAAUGUUUAAAACUCUGUGUGUGUUCAAGUGUUAAGCAAAUAGUUGAUAGAAGAACACUGACCUAAAUAAAAGAUCAUUUGGAGAUUUUUAUUCUAAAGGUUCUUUAGUCUGCAAUUUGAAGUUUGUAAACUGAAGUAUUGCCUAGAGCUACUUGUGCUAAUGGAAGUACAGGUAUCCAAAUAGUUUCUGCUUUCUGGGCGAUAGAUUCACUUUUAAUUAAUUUCUUAAAGCUUUUAAAAUCUCCAAUAAACUAAACACUUCA